AGCGCGGAGGGCGGUGCCCGUUAGCGGUGCCGUGGGGCGGUGCGGGCGAGGGGCGGGGGGUCCCUCCCUCCCCGUUUUAUUCCCGUUUGCGCUUCCUUCUCCUCUUACUCCUUCCUUUUGUUCUUGCUGUCUCUCUCAGGUUCGCCCCCCGCGUCCCUCUGCUGUUGUUACCCCACCCCUCGCUCCUUCCCGCGCCCCGCCCCCUCCUGGCACUGCGGAGCCGGAGACGUGACCCGAGCGGACUCGCUUCCCCGCAGCUCCAGCCUCUCGCCGUAGAGUCGCAUGUCCUCGAUCCAGAACCUCCAAUCCUUCGACCCCUUUGCUGAUGCAACAAAGGGUGACGACUUACUCCCGGCGGGGACUGAAGAUUACAUUCAUAUAAGGAUCCAGCAACGAAACGGAAGAAAGACACUAACAACUGUUCAGGGAAUUGCAGAUGAUUAUGACAAGAAGAAACUUGUGAAAGCUUUCAAAAAGAAAUUUGCUUGUAAUGGUACUGUGAUUGAACAUCCUGAAUACGGUGAAGUUAUCCAGCUGCAAGGUGACCAGAGGAAGAACAUUUGCCAAUUUCUCUUGGAGAUUGGCAUUGUCAAGGAAGAACAACUGAAAGUUCAUGGUUUCUAAUAUACCUGUACACUUAUGAAGAACCCUGCAGUAUUGGUCUUACCUAACCUGGCUCUUCUGUGAAAAAUGAAUCUUUGCAGUGAAUGGACUUCCCUGUUACCUGAACAUUUACAAUUUAAUUCACAUUUGCAUGACUGCAUGAAACAGGUGGUGUGUAGACUAGAAACACAUAAGAAAACUUCAGUAAGGUGGUAAAAAAGACACUUGUGAACUUUACCACAUUUCCAAUGGAAAUGUAUUAGUGAUGAUUGUUCAGUUUAGUACUCUCCACCUGACUUAAAUGUGUGAGUUGUAUUCAAAUAGUGUGUGUUGUUGCUUAAAAAUAAAAGUUUGUUCAUAUGUUUUCUGGCAUAUCUGAAAUGCUUUAGCUGAAGUUUUAAACUAGCACUGCAGCCUUGCUGAAGAAUGGCUGAGCUGCUUUAUGGCAAGUGUAGCUCACUGCUGAUUGAAGAAAUUGGAAAAUCUACCUGAUGAAGUAUUAGCUGAAUUAUCAGUAGAUUUAGCUUGAUGUGAUCUUAUCCUGUGGCUGUAAGAUUAGAGCUUUAAAGUCUGUAGUGUAGGUGUAUCUUAAUAGCAGCGUAAGACAAAUUGUUCACUGAGUAAGUAACUGAAUCUUCUCUAAAAUUUAUUGCAGUGACUAUGAGCUAUUAAUGUGAAGCAUAGUAGAGGUGAAAUAAGCUGAACUUAAGACUGCUGUUACUGAGAAUGUGCUAAAUAUCUAGGUCUUACACAGUACUCCCAAAAUAUUUGAAGGAAGGGGAUGGGAUAUUCUCACUGGGUGAGGAGGGAAGAGAUUGAUUUGGCUUCUACCAUGACUGUGCUUUUAAUGUUGACAAACAGAGUGUUUUAAUGAGCUCAUAGUGUUAGCUGCAGGAGUAAGGAAGGGAACAGGCUCUACUCUGACCUUUUUCUUGGUAUGAAAAGUUUUUUUGAGAUUAAAAAUUGAUGUAGAGAGUUUUGUAAUGGAGUUUGGGUGUUACUGCAAAAAGCUGAUUUAGUCUGCUUUUCCAGAAGGCAAUUAAUUCAGCAUUGUUGGCAAUUAUAAUGUUUGUUCCACCAUGCAUUUAAUCUAGUUUAGUUAACUAAGGCAUUUGGUAUUCUGCUUGUAAGACAUGUCUCUUGAAGAAUGAAAUUAAUUCACUUGGUGAAAAAUGCAGAUCUUGUCUUCCUUUUGAGAUAGACAUGGAAAUUUUCUCUGAAGCAAUUCAAAAUAUGAUGAGCCAUGAAACUAUAACAAUAGUGGGAAAUGUUUAAGAAACGUUAUGUAAUACCAUGUAUUCUCUGGAAGGGAAGAAAGAGACAUUUAUUUACUGCUAACACUUACUAGUAACUUAUCCAGAAAAAAAAAAAACAUUGAUGACUACCUAAGUAAACAUCAGGCAUAGGCAAAACUAUAUUACUUAAUAUCACAUGUGCCUGUACUUUGUUCCCUAUUCAGAUUUGCCUUUCUAAACAGAAAUGCUCACUUUAAACUCAUUUGAACUUUUUUUUUCUUUUUUUUAGAUUUCUGAGUUCAGAUAUGAACCCUUAUGGCACUAGCAACAAUUAGGGGAGCAUUAUAUGACAGUUUCUUUCUCCGUCUGGUCUAGACAAUUCCACCUAUAAGAAUCCAGUGUCCAGUCUCUCAGUCCCCACAAAUUGUGCCUGGUGUUACAGAUCUUAAUUGUUCAACAGAAAGGAUGUUCCAGAACAUUAUAACUACUAAGGUAUAAUGUGUUCAGGAGGAAGGAAUGCCUGCUGCAAGAUGCAAAAUACCUACACACCAAAUGAAAAAAACAAAAAUAAGUCUUAUGCAAGUCUUGCAGAUUAGCAGAAUAAAAUCAUUCUACUGCAAGUUUAUCUAGUCCUGAUUCUUAGGUGCUGAAGUAAUUAAUCUAUUGGGGGUACAUAGCACUUCGUGAUUUUCAUUUUAUCAUAUGCCAGAAAAACUGUUGUUCCCAUUUAAAGCUUGUUCUCCUGCCCAAGAGGAAAAACAAGCAUUACCUUCUCCUAUUUCCCUGCUAUUACAUGAGUACUUCUAGUGGGCUUUGAAUUGGAGAUUAACAAAUGACUAGCAGAUCUCGUGUUACUGAGUCAGUCUUCAUUUCAGAUGGCAUUCCAUUAAUUUCUACUACCUAAGCUUGAGUCAUUUCUCAAUAGUCAUUCUUCUUGGAAUAAAUAAGAAAAACCUUUUGUUCAUCCUCCUUGUUUAAAAAUCUGUUCUUGCAGUUGAUAGGUGGCUUGGCUUUUGUGCUUUAGGGGAGAUGCUUGUGUUUUGACCUUUGAAGGGCAAAAUUGGGAGAAAGUAAGAAGUAAAACCUUUGAAGUUUAAAGAGAUGAGAUUUGUUGUGGUGACAAACUAUGUAAUCUUUCUAGAAGAAAAGCAGAAAUUUUUGUCCUUGAGUGUUUUAAACCAGAACAGUGUCUCUCAGAUUGUAGUUAGCCUUGUUACAAGCCCAAACCUCUUUGUAUGUUCUAGAUGAAAGAUUUUUACAAUUUCAUGUUUUGUUAUCUUACUCUGAAACUUCUUUGUCAAACUUAUUUGGAAUACAUAUUCAUGUUUCAAGAAUGCUGAAAAUGAAGGCUUUGGAAAAGAACUGUUUAACAUACUGCCAUGAAAAUUUGUUUUCACAAUGAAGGCAGGUUUCAGUCUUUCAUCUGUGCCUUCAGUAAAGGAUGUGGCCUAUAAUUGUCAAGGCAGUAAAAGGGAGCUUAUAAUAGAAAGCACUUCUGAAAUUCACCAGUAGGACUUGAGACUGGCCAAGCUCAGACUGCAAAGGGUGGUGCUUUCUUUUUGUUGGAAUGUUGUGAAGUUUGUGCCCUUCAGAUCUGCAAAUCAACAUGGCCUUCUUAGUGAUGCUUAAGCUUAACCACAAGCUGUUAUUGGAUGUAGAAACUGUUUUUCAAAUUCACAGCCUUGUGCAUAGUUAUAUUAAGCUGCUGUAGCUGACUCUGAGUUGAUACACUGGAGUAAGGUGUUGCAUAAAUAAAUUCAUUAAACUGACUGUUCUGAAUCCACAUCUACUUAAUGCAGCUAUGAGCAUGAAACCCUCACUUGCCAAACGGUGGCAGCAGUCUUUAUUUGUAGAAUAUGAGAUUUAGUAAUUUAAAUCUGUAAACUGCCUACUUCCUCUUGCUGUGUAAAUUAUCAGGCCCUUGACCAUCACCUGCUAAAUUUGAACGUGUGUCUCAGAGAUGAGCAUGAGGAGCACAGUGAUAGCCAGAUAAUAAUUUUCUAAAGUGGUAGAACCUUUGAAAAGAGGAAUACCUGAGUUGUGUGUGUGUAUGACUAUUCAUUGGUUCAGUGGCUUUGCUUAAACCUUGGUUCCUGCACUGCAUUCUUGCACAGUCUAAAUGAAAACCAUUUUGCUUUGGAGAGAGAGGAGGGAACUCCAGUAAAAAAAAAAAACUGCCUUAGGAAAUCUAUUUAUCUCUGAAGUCUGUUUUUAUUAACUUAGAUUCCUGGACUGCAAGACCUCUGUAACAUUGUUUCUGUAUCUUUUAAAAAUCCUAGUUAAAACUUCCUUUAGAGUUUGGCAUUUAAUGUUCUAAAUACAUCUAAAGCCAUAAGAAUUGUUGAAGCUUAAGUUUCAAAUAUUAAUAAUAAUAAUAAUUAGACAGAAUUCUUAAUUCUGUCCUGUACUGCCACCCUGCUUAUAAUUGGUGUGUAGCUGCCUUGCAGAUGCAUGUGUUAUUUAGAGUGUGUAGUUUUUGUAACAUCUUGUCUAACAUGCUGCAGCCUCUUACAGGCCGUACUACUCUAAUUUUACAGUGUAGGAUAGAUGUUCCUUGAGUUCCAGUCAGCAAUUAUUUUCCUUAAUUCUUCUUGGAAGGCUCUAGUGGCGCAGUAGUUCCUCAUACCAUGUGAAAAUAUAUACAAGAUCAGUAUUUAGCCAGUUAGAGAAUGGGGGAGGCCUUUUUUAUAGAUCACUUUGGCACACAGUAGGGGUUACUGUCCCUCUUAUCUCUUUAGUGUUGAUUAGUGUCACUGAGUGUUCCUCUAACUAGUGUGCUGUUGCUGCUAGGGAAAUGCAAGAGGGUCAUGUGUAUUUAAGUGCUAUGACUCUUUGUGCAUCCGUACUCAGUUUAGUUAGGAAUGUGUCCUCCACACAUGGCAACAUGAAGGUUGUUUUCCAGUUGCCAGAUCAAAAGCUCUUGAGAUGAAUAAGGGGAAAAUGGCAUAGUUGUUUUAUGUUUGCUGUAUAGAUGUUUCAUGCCUACUGUUUUCAGUCUGCAUUAAAAAAACAUAAUCUCAAAAGAGGAUUUGUACUUGGCUUGCCUUCUUAAAGUUUGCUACAUGCCUGUCAUUGAUCUCUUAAUGAACAAGUCUUAACCUGUACUGGAGUAUUGCUACAGAGCUGAGACAACAAAAGCUUUUGAAAUAAAGUGUGCAAAUGUUAUUUG